ACACCGCACCACCACACUUUGUGGAUUUGAGCAUGUCCUGACCGCUAGCUGAUGUACUAUGGAGUAAAAAAGCUUUAUAUACCUCCGAAACGUAUGGUCACGUCUAAGAUAGAAGCGUGAACUAAACACUAACUUGAAAUGGUUACAUGUAGAUAGUUGGCAGUUGUCGCUUUUAUACUGACUGACUGGCCUGACUGUUGUGGAGCAGGGCUGCCUUAUUAGCCAGUCAAGAUGGACACCGCUGAGGAAGCGGACAUCUGCCGGGUAUGUCGGUCGGAGGGCAGCCACGACAAGCCACUCUACCACCCCUGUGUCUGCACGGGCAGCAUCAAGUUUAUCCAUCAGGAAUGCUUACUGCAGUGGUUGAAACACAGCAGAAAAGAAUACUGUGAAUUAUGCAAACACAGGUUUGCGUUUACACCAAUCUACUCUCCAGACAUGCCAUCUCGCUUGCCUGUCCAGGACAUCUUUGCUGGGCUGGUCUCCAGUGUUGGAACAGCCAUCAGAUACUGGUUCCACUACACACUGGUUGCCUUUGCCUGGCUAGGCGUAGUGCCUCUAACAGCAUGUCGUAUCUACAAGUGUUUAUUUACCGGCUCUGUGAGCUCUCUCCUUACCCUGCCAUUAGAUAUGCUUUCAACUCAAAACCUGCUUACAGAUUGCCUUCAGGGCUGUUUUGUGGUCACCUGCACGCUGUGCGCCUUCAUCAGCCUGGUGUGGCUUAGAGAGCAAAUUGUUCAUGGUGGCGCCCCUCAGUGGUUAGAGCAGAAUCAACCCCCUCUGGUUCCUAACCAGCCUCACGGUCCUGCACCAGCUAACGAGGUUCCAGGUGCUAACAUUGGCGUCAACGCCCCGGCUGCUGCCGACGCCGCAGAAGCCCAGCUCCCUGCAGACCCCGCCCCGGGCGGGCUGCCCCCUGCCAACCCACAUGAAGCUGGCAACCACAGAGAUGAGGUCGAACUUGACGAUGAGGAUGACGACAGGGAGGAAGACGAAGAGGAGGACGAUGAGGAAGGCAGGGAAGAGGAUGCUGCUGAUGUCAAUAAUGGAGGACAAGAAGAUUUAAACUGGAACGCCCUGGAGUGGGACCGCGCAGCAGAGGAGCUGACCUGGGAAAGGAUGCUGGGGCUGGAUGGCUCCCUAGUUUUCUUGGAGCAUGUGUUCUGGGUGGUAUCGCUCAACACACUCUUCAUCCUGGUCUUCGCUUUUUGCCCGUACCACAUCGGCCAUUUCUCCGUUGUUGGACUUGGCUUUGAAGACUAUAUUAAAGCUUCACACUUUGAUGGCCUCGUCACCACCAUACUGGGGUACAUCCUCCUGGCUGGAGUUCUCAUUGUCUGCCACGGGUUUGCUUCAUUAGUGAAGUUCCAGCGGUCCAGACGUCUCUUGGGUGUCUGCUACAUCGUUGUCAAGGUGUCCCUGCUGGUUGUCAUGGAGAUAGGCUUGUUUCCGCUGAUUUGUGGUUGGUGGCUUGACAUCUGCUCGCUGGAGAUGUUUGAUGCGACUCUGAAAGACAGGAAACAGAGCUUCGACUCGGCCCCCGGGACCACCAUGUUCCUCCACUGGCUGGUCGGCAUGGUCUACGUCUUCUACUUCGCCUCCUUCAUCCUUCUGCUCAGAGAGGUGCUCCGGCCCGGCGUGCUGUGGUUCCUGAGGAACCUGAACGAUCCAGACUUCAACCCAGUCCAAGAGAUGAUCCACCUGCCCAUCUACAGACACCUGCGGAGGUUCAUACUCUCUGUGGUGGUGUUUGGCUCCAUAGUUCUGCUGAUGCUUUGGCUUCCUAUCAGAAUCAUUAAACUGUUCUUCCCAACUUUCCUGCCCUACAACGUCAUGCUUUACAGCGACGCCCCCGUCAGCGAGCUGUCACUGGAGCUGCUGCUGCUUCAGGUUGUGCUGCCGGCAUUGCUGGAGCAGGGCCACACUCGUCAGUGGCUCAAACGCCUCGUCCACGCCUGGACGUUCACAGCUGGAUACAUGCUUGACCUUCACUCCUACCUUCUGGGGGACCACGAAGAAGAUGACGAUCAUCCAAACAACAACCCUCCCGGUCGCCAUAACAACAGGAUCCCCGGCCUGGGGGAGGGGCUUCACGCUGCCCAUCAGGCCAUUCUGCAGCAGGGCGGUCCAAUCGGUUUCCAGUCAUACCACCAGCCUGUCGACUUUCCCCUCAAGAUCGUUCUGCUGGUCGUCUUUAUGUGCGUGACGCUGUUAAUGGCUAGUCUGAUCUGCCUCACACUGCCGGUGUGCGCGGGGCGCUGGCUGAUGUCUUUCUGGAUGGGCAGUGCCAUGGUUCAUGAGCUGUACACAGCGGCCAGCGGUUUAUACAUCUGCUGGCUGUCCAUUCGAGCCGCCUCCGUGAUGCUGUCCUGGAUGCCUCAGGGACGGACCAUCAUCAUGGUCAAAGUCCACGAGUGGACCCUCAUGAUCCUAAAGACCAUUGUGGUGGCCGUGCUGUUAGCCGGGGUGAUUCCUCUGCUGUUGGGUCUGCUGUUUGAGCUGGUCAUCGUUGCCCCUCUCAGAGUCCAGCUGGACCAGACGCCUCUCUUCUACCCCUGGCAGGACUGGGCCCUGGGCGUGCUGCAUGCUAAAAUCAUUGCUGCCAUCACACUGAUGGGCCCUCAGUGGUGGCUCAAAACCGUCAUCGAGCAGGUGUACGCUAACGGUAUCCGAAACAUCGACCUUCAUUUUAUCGUGCGAGGGCUGGCCGCCCCAGUCAUCUGCGUCCUGCUGCUGUCUCUCAGUGUGCCUUACACUAUCUCUAAAGGCAUUACACCCCUGCUGGGUGUGCAGCCAGAGAUGCAGACGCUGGUGGAGAGGAGGAUCUAUCCCUUCCUGAUGAUGGUGGUCAUACUGUUGGCCAUCCUGUUCUUCCAGAUACGACAGUUCAAACGCCUCUACGAACACAUCAAGAACGACAAAUACCUGGUUGGGCAGCGACUGGUGAACUAUGAACGUAAGACGGGCAGGAGGAUGUCCAGCUCCUCAUACAGCACGUCCUCGUAGAUGUGCCGCUGUAGCCGACUCGCUCUGCCCAGCACGGAGACUUGUCAUCAGCUCCUGUGGUGAAACCUUUUUUGUUUUGUUUCCUAAGGAGGCAGAGACGUUGAGGAGUGAAGACAAAAUACUUUGUGGAAAAAUUCAGACAGCAUGAUUGAAAUUCAGCAGAACCUCAAAGUUGUUGACUGUCCAUCCUGUUCAAUGUGUCCGUGUUUUGUCUUCAACGGAGCUGACGGUUUAAGCUGUAAUUAUAUAUUGUUUUUAAUAGGUUUGAGUUGAAGUCAGGUCAGUUGAGCAUAGCGUUUACCUCAGAUUGUGCUUCCCUUUGAAUGUUUAUUCUGAAAUCACACUGAGUGUCUCUUAUUGGGACGUUUUUGACACAUUGGUCUCAAAUGACACCCUUCAUCAAAUGGAGGUUGUCAGUGAUAGAGAGGGACAUACAUGAUGUAGCAUUGUGAUUGUAUUAGGUUUUUCUUUUCUUUUUUUUAUGUUUUUAUUAGACGUGUUUUCAUGAAUUUCAUUUGUUAUAUUUCUGGAGUGAGCUGUUAGAUAAUCCUGAGAAUUCUUUUGAAGUAAAGAUAUGGAAAAAUAUUAUUAUUUUUUAAAUCUGGAAACAGCCAGGAAAUUGAAAUUCUUUUAUUAAGAUGUUCUCCUGUGAAUUUUAAAGCCAGUCUGAAAUGUGUGGUACGUUACACAGGACGGGGGAGGUCAUUAAGAGGUCAUUAAGUGAGGUUCCAAAUAUUUAAACUGGAAAAACAGCGUCAGAACAUUUGUGCCUGUGUUACACCCUUAGACUGACACUGACUUUACAGAAAUAUUUAUUCUGGUAGAUUAAAAAAAGUAUUGUGCUGCUAAUAAACUGUUAAGACUCUUAAACUGUCUGUAACAGCUCAAAACAACUGUAUGAACAACAAAACACUUAUUUUCAUUUGGGGGGGAAAAAGUGAAAUAUACUGACUGUUGCAUGAAUAUUACUAACUCUAAGAAGAAAAACAUUUGUCCAUGUAUGCAGAUAUACUGUAGUUAAAACAAGGCAUACCUACAUUUACAAAUGAUUCGCAGUUUAAUAUAUAUUUCCCCAUUAAACAAUUUACGAUGACUUCCUGUUUACGUAGGCGAUUGCUUUUGAUUGGGUGGAGCUACAAUUGUUUCCUAGCAGUCAGUGUUCUCAUUACUGUAAUCCUGACCAGCUAAGACAUUCCUUUCAAUGGUGCAACCUAAUUCAGUGAAUUACUGGGGUUGAAACUAGCUACUAGUUCUUACUAAUAAUUUAUGAAGGAUUUUACACACAAACUUAGUAAAAGACUUAGCUGGUGCAACCCAGUCCUGCUCCUUUCCCCUCUAAGUUAAAGUUAUAUUUCAUAAAACUAAUCAUUUGUUAACACCUGCACUCUAAAAUACACUGCUCAGAUAUUUACCGGCCUGAAAUAAAUAAAAGGAAAAACCAAUGAUAAACCGGUUGAUCCUUAGUGGCGUAUAUAUCCUGACGGGUAAAGGGCCGGCUAACAACCAUGUAGAAGUAACAGCUGGCUGGGAGAAAAGAAACAGCCACAAAAAUGCAUAGAAACGAGAAUAAAUAUUAAAAAUGUCUCCCUACUUUUAUUAUAAUCACUUUUUCUAUUCAAACAGGCUACUGUUGGAUAUUAAAGAGUACUUUAAGAUUGAACCGUACUAUAGAUUUAAAAAAGAAAUAAUCCUGCCUCCACUGAGGGAGUACUGUCCGAGGACCUGGUACUCAAAGUGAGUUGAGUGGAAACACGACUACAGAGGUCCUUUAAAAUGAGCUCUGUACUUUACCUCUUCACAGCCGGUGCUCUGAUUUAACUGUAGCUUGACGCUGACACUGAUUGGAAGAAUCGGAGUUUCUUUCUUCUGCCUCUGAAGUCAUGUUUCAGGUUUGUCUGAUACUGUGAGAGAAAACAGCCAACUCACUCGGCAGUGUACAGAGAUGCUUCGCUUAGCUUAGCAUAAAGACGACUGUAAACAAACAAAACCCACCUGUCAGUGCCUCUAACGCUCGCUAAUUAACCUGUCUUUUCUUGUCUGUACAUUGUUAAAACGUCAAUUUGUGUUUUCACAAGGGAUUAGAUACUGGAACUAUUUCUUGGCAGGGGGGCAGUGACUCCCAAGAAAGCAAAAUGUCAAACUAUUGUUUUAAGGUUUCAAACAUUACAUUUUCGAGAACCUCUUAGGUGUUGUGCUCCCGAUGUCUCACUUGUACGACGAUCACUUUGCCUCCUCAGCUCCACUUGCUCUUGAGAAAAUGCCUGAAAGUUACUUCCUUCCCGUUUCACAGCAAGUUUCAGAUUUUGAAGUUAUAUUCUUAAACCCACUACAGAAAAAAAGCAUUACAAUAAAAUGAAAGAUUUAAAAAGUUAAACAGUUAACAUAUGUUCAAUGACGGUAACUCAGCCAUUGUUUUAAACUGAAUCCUGACGGGUUCUUGCUCCUAAACUCGUAAGAGAGAUGUUUAAAAUGUGUUUUAAGAUCCUUUUCUUGAGGGGGACAAUAAUGGUCGAGUAGUAAUUAAGAUUAGCUUUUUUCAUGUGUUCCUUCACUUUAAACCACCGUUUGCAAUCAUUUCAGAAUCCAUCGAACACAGUCAACACAUUGUAUUCCCCCCCCCCCCCCCCCCCCGCUGAUACUGAAAGAUAUGUCAGUAUUUCACUGUGGUGACUGCACAAUGGGUUUUACUUAAAAGAUGAAUUUAAGUUUUGUAUCUGUUUUUGACACUUUCAUUAGGAGUUUGGUAAACAUAAACUGCUUUUCUAUUGAUAUGGAUUGUGAAUUACUAUAACUUUAGUGCUGACCGCUGUAGUGCUGCUGUGGGGAAUGCUCACAUAUAUAUAUGAUGCUAUAAAGUGACCUUUAAGUAUCUUCUUGAACUGCGCUAGACAGAUUUUGGUCUUGAAUUUCAAUUUCUAGCAAGCAAAUGAUUUCUAUUUUUAUAUGUGCAGUGGCAUGUACUGUGACAGAAAGGUAUAUGAUCUAAGGUCUAUUAAUUGUUGGUUCAGUAAUAUGAAACAAUAAUAAAUAGUUGAAAUGA